UGAAUCCUGGAAGCUGCAGAAUCAGAGUUGGAUAUUUACUGUACACUGGGACAGAUCGCGAUACUUAGCCAUACACCGGGGCAGAUCGUGAUACUUACCCAUACACCGGGGCAAAUCGUGAUACUUAGCCAUACACCGGGACAGAUCGUGAUACACAGGGAUACAUUCUGACCUAUACAAUAACUCCACUGAUACCAGGACGAGGAAUUUACACACCAAGCGGCUGAAACAAGAGGGCCUGAAAUUCUGCGCAGAGACUGGGAAACCGGGACAAGGGCAGCAUGGAGUCCGGAGGCAAGAUGACGGUUCCGCUAAUGUUGUCAGUCAGUGUGGCUGUGAUUGGUUCAUUGCAAUUUGGCUACAACACUGGAGUGAUUAAUGCACCUCAGGGGGUAAUAGAAAAUUUUUACAAUGAGACCUGGAUAAACCGAUACAAUGAACCCAUCUCCAAAGCCACACUCACUUCCCUGUGGUCAAUAUCUGUGGCUAUCUUCUCUGUGGGUGGCAUGAUUGGAUCAUUCUCUGUUGGGCUGUUUGUAAACCGCUUCGGCAGACGGAACUCCAUGUUGAUGGUGAACCUCUUAGCAUUUCUUGGUGCAAUUUUGAUGGGGUUUUCAAAGCUGGCCUACUCAUUUGAGAUGCUGAUUAUUGGCCGGUUUGUUAUUGGUCUUUACUGUGGUCUUACAACCGGUUUUGUACCUAUGUAUGUUGGAGAGGUGGCACCUACUGCACUGAGAGGCGCUUUGGGCACUUUACACCAGCUGGGUGUGGUCAUUGGAAUCCUUAUAGCUCAGAUCUUUGGACUGGAACCAAUUAUGGGUAACGAUACACUGUGGCCUCUGCUGCUUGGGUGUAUUUUUGUACCUGCUCUUGUACAAUGCAUCACACUGCCCUUCUGUCCUGAAAGUCCUCGCUUCCUGCUCAUCAACCGCAAUGAGGAAGACAAGGCCAAGGCUGUUCUGAAGAAGCUGCGCGGUACUACAGAUGUUAGUGCAGACAUGCAGGAGAUGAAGGAGGAAAGUCGGCAGAUGAUGCGGGAGAAGAAAGUGACCAUAUUAGAGCUUUUCCGUUCCCCAUUAUACAGACAGCCCAUCUUCAUUGCCAUCGUACUGCAGCUUUCCCAGCAGCUUUCUGGUAUUAAUGCGGUUUUCUACUACUCCACUAUGAUCUUUAAAAAAGCAAACGUUGAACAGCCGGUCUAUGCAACCAUUGGAGCUGGCAUUGUGAACACCGCUUUUACUGUAGUAUCGCUGUUUGUGGUUGAACGUGCUGGUCGACGAACCCUACAUCUCAUUGGAUUGGGGGGCAUGGCAGUUUGUUGUGUUCUGAUGACCAUUGCUCUGGCAUUACUGGACAACGUUGCUGGAAUGUCAUACCUCAGCAUUGUGGCUGUUUUUGGAUUUGUGGCUUUCUUUGAAAUCGGACCAGGACCUAUCCCAUGGUUCAUUGUAGCAGAACUGUUUAGUCAAGGUCCAAGACCUGCAGCUAUUGCCGUUGCUGGCCUCUCCAACUGGACUGCAAACUUUGUUGUGGGCAUGGGCUUCCAGUAUGUAGAGAUGUUGUGUGGUUCCUACGUCUUCAUCAUCUUCAUGGUGCUCCUGAUUUUCUUCUUUGUCUUCACCUUCUUCAAAGUCCCGGAGACCAAAGGCCGCACAUUUGAUGAGAUUGCAUCAGAUUUCAGACAUGGUGGAGAGAGCCAGCCAGACAAGCAGCCAUCUCCAGAGGAGUUCCACAGUUUGGGGGCAGACUCCCAAGUCUAACAUUUCACCGUGCACCCCAUCCUCUCACCACUCUUAUCUCCUUUUUCCUUCUCUUCCUUCGUCCAGACUGAAGCUCAACCUGCAAGUGUGUUUUGAGAGACUUGAGAGCAAUCAUAGCAUGUGGAAGAGUGGCACAAUUUCCUGAGCUGCUCUCGGCUGACCUCGGUCUAUUAUGAGGUGAUGCCAAGCAGCAAAACAAUUUUAAUUAGUGUCACUCUCUGCAUUUCAAAACCACAUAACACCACAUAGACCUUUGCAUGCAAAUGCUUGUAGGUGGACCAAGAUGAAGGAAUUAGUGCGAAAGCUCUUAUUUUUUUAAAGAAUAUAUAUAUAUAUAUGUAUGUAUGAUUUCCUUUUUUAAUGGAUAUUUUUUUAAUUAGUGUGAGCUUUCAAAGAAUGAGGGUGUGGUAUUAGGGGCACGAAAUGGAGUCAAGAACUCUUUGUUUACAUACUGUAGUGUUUAUUAAUUUUCCGAUUAGUGUAGUGGGGAGGAGCAUUUUACUAAGCUGUGCACUGAAAGCAAAGUGGAGUAACCAUGUGCUGGUAACUUAAUGUAUUUUCUAUCUGAGAUGAAGUGUGUAUUGUGUUUGUUAUUAUUGGUUGUCCGGUCUUGGAAGUUCAGUUUUAUGUAAUAUGACUCCAUAUAACCCAUGAAAGUGAAGGUUUGCGUCCUUCCAUUACCACAAAGUCUUUUUGCAGAAUGGGAGACAUAGUCAACGUCAUGCCAGUUUCAUAAAUAUUGACAGUAAUUGUUAUACGUGGGCAUUUCAUAGAAUGGUAACAAAGUCUCAUAUCUAUAGUCAUUUGUGUUCUAACAACCAGAUGGGACUAUGUGGCUGAUAUCAGUAGUUUCACUGGGCACUUAAUGUAAAGUAGGUGCAGGUUGUGUUUUCUGUACAAAUAGUAAUUUUCUGAGCUGUUAAAACAUUGCCUUUUGAUAGCCUAAGCUUCUAUUUAGCUAUUGUGGACUUGAGUACUGUGUGUUCACUAUCUAACACUCAGGUAUCUUCAGUGGGAGCUUUUGUAGCAUGACAUCUACUGCUACCGAUGAAACCAUGUUUAGUCAAACUGUAGACAAUGAGCAUUAAUGUGUUAAAUGUAUAUUUCUAUGACAGGCUUCAUAAAUGUAAAUGGAUACUGUUCCUCUAUGUACUUUACGUCAUUUUUUUCUUCUAUACUUCUUCAUUUCAAGUUUUUAUAAAUGGCUUCUUAUGUAAAGUGCUCUAAACUAAAAACACUGCUAGAAAGAAGUUACAACCCAAGGAUGGACAGAAGGAACAUUUAUCUGUGUAUAUUUCUAAAGCCAAUGCUAUAUUUUUACUUGUGGGGCUCGAUGGCUUUGCAAUGUCACUUCAGUGUGUUGAGAGCUGUACAGGUAUUGAAUACCCAUUUAUUGUACUGAAUACAAUGCAUCACUGGACACCUCACACACCAGGGGGACUUACAGUAGCACUGAAAACAUUUUGAAUGGCUGUAACCCCUAUAGCUCAUGGUUCAUAACUAAUCAUUUUCACUUGGUAAUAUUACAUCAGUCUUUCAGCCUGAGUUGUACAGAUCCCGUGACUCAUGCUUCAUACAAGUAACGAGUGGGCUUCAAUGGACCUUUCAUGGGCAGCUAGUGGUUCAGUUGAGUGUGACUUUUUUUUUCUAAGCACCUUGACAGGCAGAUAGUGAUGCAACACCUUUCAUUGCAGUUAUCUCUGGUAACUAAGGGGUAGAAUGUCUUUGGCGGUAAUCACAGCUUUUACUCCUAUCUUAUUUUUUUAUCUCUUAUAGUCAACCUUUCCCCAUCUACACAUAAGCGGAGAAACAUUUCUUGCAUUCUUUGUAUAGUUUAAAAAAUAUUUAUGCAUAUAUAUAUAUUUAUACAUCUAUAUAUAUAAAUAUAUAUAUAUUUUUAUUGUCAGCGUGUUAUAGUCUUGUAACUACCUGAUAAAUGAUGUACUGUAUAUAUUUAUCCUAGUCACAUUUUUUUUUUAUUAUUUGCACACUAGGUCAAAAUGUUUUUAGGUCAAUUUUCCAAUUAUAAUUAUAUUAACUAUAACAAUAAAAUUGUACUUUUUGUUUAGAAAGAAUAGAGAUUUUUUUGUACAGUUUCACAAUAGGUUCUAUUUAAUAUUCUGGGUGUAAAUGAGCCGAAAUGGACCUGAUUUGUGUUCAGUAACAUGUUAAAAGAAGCAGCCUGAGAUUUUUGUGUAUUAUUUAUGUUUUAUUUCUGAUUACAACUGACCGAAAAAGCUGAAAUCCAAUGCCUUGCAAUAUACUACAACCCAAUCGUACAGUCAGACAGACUAGGGGUUAAUAGUAACUAGGUUACAUGGUAAGACAUUCAACAUGAAUACGUGUUUCUAACAAUUUUACAACGGUUGUCAAAUUUAAAGGGACAAUAAAUAAACCCUUUUUUGUGGGAGCUGUGUUCUAUCAGCAGACAGGAAGCAGUAGAUACCUAGGUAGGAAGAAGAAAGGUGGCACACAGUAUGAAGGCUAUACCUUUAUUAGUCAGAGCAAUGUUUCCCGGGCACCUAGGUAUACAUUUUAUAAACAAUCAUGCAAUUGACAACUUUUUACUUGUUUUAGGAUUUUAUUUUUAAGAUCCUAUUUAUUUAUUUUUAAAUUUAAACAUUUUUAAGUGUUGUUUUAUAUAAUACAACCUAUUUGGUCCCUUUAACAGGAUAUCUUUAUAGAAGUUGAAUUUUAAUGGUGAGCCAGUGCUGCAUAUUCAUUUCAAUUCCCCAAUUAAACACAACUGUCAAAUAAUCGUAUAUAUAAAAAUAUUUUUUUAAAUAAUGUGUUUUUAAGUGUCAGUUUAUUAAUAUUAUAUAUUUUUUAACAUUUCCAAAAUGUACUGUAUUUAUCAUAGAAAUCAUUAAUUCUACUAGUGAUUUGUUACCAAAUAUCAUGUACUAACCUGUUACCCAUCUAGAUUGUGUAAUGGCGGAGAAAACAAGUGCAUAAGAUUAGAGUUGUAUCUGUUUAUUAGUAAAAUGAUCAUGCGCAUUUACCAUUAACCAUUUAAACUAAGAAUUGUGCGAAUCGCUGCUCUGAAAAUGGUGUUGUGUCUGUGUCUAUUGUUCUGUUACUGGGUCCAUUUCAAGACUCCUCUUUAGCGCAUUUACUGUUUAUUUAGAUUUUUUUAUUUAUUGUGUGUUGAAUAACACGAACCUCCAAAAAUAAAAAAUAAAAAAAAUAAAAAAA